ACAACGAAAAACUAUACAGUGUGAACGUCACUACCGACGAGACGUACUCUCCAAGCGCCAGUUGCUCGUAGGCGCUCGCCGACGUCACCGUUUCCAACGUGAACAUUUUUUUUUCGACGUUGGAGAACACUGACAUUCAGGGAAAUAGUUGACAAUUUCAUGAUAAUACAUUCAAUUGUAUUUUCAAGUUUUUGAUAUAGAGUGACGGAAGGAGAUAUUUAAAAUGCAUUCGGCGUAUACUCGUGGUGCUAUCUGGGCUUUACUUGCUCUGACUGUAGUUUCAGUGUCUGGUAAUGCCAAAGAACUCAAAGUUGAGAAAGAAUAUGUGCCCGAAAUAUGCGAAAAUAAAACUAAGAAGGGUGAUCAGGUGACCAUGCACUACACUGGAACACUCCUGGAUGGAACGAAAUUCGACUCAAGUCUGGAUAGGGAUCAGCCUUUUACAUUUCAGCUUGGAGUUGGACAAGUAAUCAAGGGGUGGGACCAGGGGCUCCUUGAUAUGUGUGUCGGAGAGAAGAGGAAAUUGACCAUUCCCCCUGAACUCGGUUAUGGCGCUCAGGGAGCUGGAAAUGUUAUUCCACCAGAUGCCACUCUGCUGUUUGACGUGGAACUCAUCAACAUCAGUGACUCACCACCGACGGCCAAUGUCUUCAAGGAGAUUGACUCGAACAAUGACAAACUGCUGUCCCGCGAGGAGGUUAGCCGGUACCUCAAAAAACAGAUGCACGAGACAGGGCAAGAAGAUGAUAACAACGACGAUAUAAAGAAAAUGCUUGCUGAAAACGAUAAAUUAGUUGAGGAGAUUUUCCAACACGAGGACACUGAUAAGAAUGGUUUCAUCUCGCACGAUGAGUUCAGCGGUCCAAAGCACGAUGAACUGUGAGGCGAUAGUUCAGACGAGUAUACUUAUCGAGGUUGUCAUCGGGGUAGUGGGCCAUUCUCCAACGGUCUACUUGCGAAACGUCAUCACUGCUGGUUGUAUCCAAAAGGAGAGGAGGAGGAAGGGACUACAAGUUACUUGGUAACGAGGUGUGCCAGAAGUGAGAGAACUGCCAGAUACAGGUACACAGCGCAAAAUAAUACAAAGGGGAAUGUUGUAUUGUGGAAUACGAGGGAACUUUACUCGAGAGCCAUGAAAAUCUUGGCUUAGCUGGCUCCUAACUUUGAAAUUGACCCUUCCGGCAAAAUUCCGUGAAACUUAAAUUCAUCAUCUCAACAACACAACUAAUGGGUGGACAUGAUUCUCAAAGUGAAUUUUAAAUGAAAAAAGAAAACGUGCUGAAAUGUACUUACAUAUUUCGAUUUUCAAGAGAAGAUUUGUGAACUCUUUCUUGUGCAUAUGCUUCUGCAGAAUGGGUGGGCACAAAGUGAGAUUGUGUGUAUUCUCUCGAAUGCAGUAUAUAUAUAGGAAAAAAAUCAGCCGCCUGAAUCCCAGAACGCAAGUGAUUUUUUUUUAUGAAAAUGGGAAAAAUACAAAAAAAAAUAUGCUAAAUUUUAUGAACGUGUGAGUCUGGACCCUUCCUGACAAUCUUCCUGAUCAUUUCGAUUUACCCUUCACCAUCCUGCUGAUGCUUCUGUAUAUCCCCCGCCUCAUCCACGAAUGUCUCGUAAAUAAGGUAUACAAAUUGUAAAAUUUCUACUUCCUCGGUACUCUGAGAACAACUUUGGACUAUCGAAAAAAAAAUCUAACAUCUCAUGAAUAAGUUGAUAAGAAAAUUUGAAAUAUGUGAAAUUGAAACUAAAAUGAAGUUAAUAAAUUUUUUGUGAGCGUGAGAAUGUUUCAGAGCGCGUGAAAGAUUUUAAGAGAAAACAAGAAAAUGUACGUUCUCGUCGCUAUCAUUAUUAAGGUAAAACUAAAAAUACGUUUUAUUACUACAUUAUAUUUUAUGUUGUUAAAGUUGGACGAAGGUUAAUAAUAAAUCAUGUGUCAUGUACACAUUUUGUUAAAAAA